CCUGCCUCACAACACACGCACAUCUGCUUCUAUAGGCAGCCAUUUCUAGCUUGAGCAGCCCUUUAUACGUCUCCACCUAAGCCAUCCGAAUACACGGCGCAUAACGUCUUCACUCGCACACCAACAUAAAGCGAAUAGUGAUUAAAGUAACGUCAAAUACUAAUUCACACAACGCAUUGUCUCUUCUCCCAGUCUGCCUACAUACAGCGCUACUACAAACCGGCUCACGUGCUAUUCUUACUCUCUCCGCCCUCUCUUUUUUUUUAUCCUUCCGACUUCCUGUAAAUAGUUCCUGGUUAAUAUCGCCCAUUUUAUCUUUUACGAAUGCCACCGAACUCCAGGACACCGGAGCUGGUGGAACAGCGAAAGUGAUUUUAAAAGAGGGGGUUUUGGUGUUACUGCGUACAAAUAGAGGUGGGUAUCGAGACCCGGCGGAUGUCGUGAAAUGGUUCGUAUUCGUCCGCAGGCCCGUUCUUCUUAGACUGUUUUGGUCUUACUCGUCUGUGGCAACCGUGACGAUUUCAUCCCGCACCGGUAUUUUCCGUACUCGGCGUAGGCCUUACUACUAAGCUCGGGCUGUUAGGCCCACUACUGCUUUUGCUUGUUUUUUAACCCUUAUUCCGUGGCGUUUUAGUCGAGAGAACAAGUCGCGGAUUUUUUUUUUAUUUGGUUCGUCAACUGCUGGAAUUCCGAUUGUAUAUGGGACCGUCAUGUCCAUGAAGCAGCAGGCCGGUAACAACAGGAAGCCCGGCGGGGGCAGCGUCCCGGCUGCUGGAGGAGGAGCAGGAGGAGGAAGGCAGAAUAUGGGCAGAGGGAGGAUCAGUGGAAAAGGGCCCCCUCAAUCGAUCUCGUUUGAUGGUAUCUAUGCAAAUAUGAGACUGGUUCAUAUUCUUACAUCAGUAGUUGGCUCAAAAUGUGAGGUAUUGGUGAAAAAUGGAAACGUAUAUGAAGGUGUUUUUAAAACUUACAGUCCUAAGUGCGAUUUGGUGCUUGAUGCAGCUCAUAAGAAAACUACAGAAUCUAUUGUGGGGCCAAAGCGUGAAGACAUUGUGGAUAGUAUAUUGUUUAAAUCUUCCGACUUUGUUAUGGUGCAGUUUAAAGAUAUGGAUGUGAAUUAUGCAAGACGAGAUGGGUUCACAGAUUCUGGAAUUGCUUGUAGGUUAAAUGGUGAACAUAAGGAGAAAGAUCUGGAGCCGUGGGAUGGUGGUGAAAGUCUCAUUAGCAGCACACCUACUGGCAAAGAUGAGCUGGAAUCUUUGGAAAAUGAGGUAUCUAAUGGAUGGGAUCCAAAUGAAAUGUUUCGCUACAAUGAAGAAAAUUAUGGUGUUGUGUCAACUUAUGACAGUAGUCUGUCUUCGUACACUGUUCCAUUAGAAAGGGAUAAUUCAGAAGAAUAUUUGAAGAGAGAAGCCAGAGCAGCUCAGAUUGCUGAAGAAAUUGAAUCAAGUUCCCAGUAUAAAGCUAGAGUUGCCUUGGAAAAUGAUGAGCGAUCAGAGGAGGAAAAAUACACGGCUGUUCAACGAGCCCUUAAUGACCAGGAAAGGCACUCACUGAAUACCAGAGAAAAUAAGUACAUUCCACCUGUGCAGAGAAAUAAAGAUGCAAUGUUAUGGACUACUCACAGUGGAAGGCAAAAUUCUGCAAGGAUAGGACAGUCUGGAUCAGGACCCAUUCCUUCAAGGACAGGAUCACAUUCUUCUGACUACAACCCCAAUGCUGGAGCUGAUCAGAGAGUUGUAAAUGGAGGUGUUCCCUGGCCAUCGCCUUGUCCAUCUCCUUCUUCCCGCCCACCUUCUCGCUACCAGUCAGGUCCCAACUCUCUUCCACCUCGGGCAGCCACCCCUACAAGGCCGCCCUCAAGGCCCCCUUCGCGGCCAUCCAGGCCCCCGUCUCACCCCUCUGCUCAUGGUUCUCCAGCUCCUGUCUCUACUAUGCCUAAACGCAUGUCUUCAGAAGGACCUCCAAGGAUGUCUCCUAAGGCACAACGUCAUCCUCGUACUCACAGAGUUUCAAAUGGCAGGGGCACAAUGUGUGGAGGAUUAGAAUUUGUUUCUCGCAAUGAAGCUGGAGAAGCGUCUGUGCAACCUGUGGCCCGAAAUAGUUCCUCAGGUGGAACAUGGUCUUCUGUUGUGAGCGGAGUUCAAAGGUUAUCGCCAAAGACACACAGGCCAAGGUCUCCGCGGCUAGGAAGUCAUGCACCAGGUUCAAAUGCGACUUCGCCCCAGCCUGGGACAGUGCCUCCGGAGUCUGUUUCUAUGCCAGUGCCUGCCGCAUCCCCUACACCUGCUAGCCCUGCAUCUGAUAGGGCUGUUACUCCCUCUUGUGAAGCAAAAGAUACAAGACUACAAGAUCAGAGACAAAAUUCCCCAGCUGGUUGUAGAGAAAAUAGUAAAUACAGCGAAUCUAGCAAAACUGAAAACAAAGCAGUAUCUCCAAUGGCUUCUGAACAAAGGAAACAGCUUGAUGAUUUAAAGAAAUUUAAAAAUGAUUUUAGGCUACAGCCCAGCUCAAGUCCUGAUGCUUUGGAUCAGUUACCCGUCAAAAGUCGGGAUAGUGUAGAAAAGCCAAGGGAUCCGUUGAAGGAAAAAAUGGAUUCAAAUGCUAAAGAAUCAACAAGUGAAAGCAGCAGUAAUGCCACCACUAGCAACAACAGCAGCAAGCCAUGCAGUCCCAGCAUUUCACCAUCUAUUAUCAGCAGCAGUUCUGAACACAAGAGAGGUCCAGAGGUAACAUCACAAGGUGUACAGACCUCUGGGCCUUCCAAACAGGAUCGUGAUGACAAGGAUGACAUGAAGGAAAAUGCUGCAGAGCAAGUGAGAAAAUCUACUCUGAAUCCAAACGCAAAGGAGUUCAAUCCAAGAUCAUAUGCUCAACCCAAGCCUUCAACAACACCAACCUCACCUCGUCCCCAAGCUCAGGCAAGUCCAUCAAUGGUUGGACAUCAGCAGCCAACCCCUGUGUACACCCAGCCAGUAUGUUUUGCUCCGAAUAUGAUGUAUCCAGUUCCUGUGAGCCCUGGAGUUCAGCCAUUAUACUCCAUUCCAAUGACUACAAUGUCAAUGAACCAAGCCAAGACAUACAGAGCAGGUAAAGUACCCAAUAUGGCCCAGCAACGUCAAGAUCAGCACCACCAGAAUACAAUGAUGCAUCAAGUAUCUGCAGCAGGACCACCAAUAGUUGCUACUCCACCUGCCUAUUCUGCUCAGUAUGUGACUUACAGCCCUCAGCAGUUUCCCAAUCAACAACUUAUGCAGCAUGUACAGCAUUAUCAGUCACAGCACCCACAUGUAUAUAGUUCUGUGAUACAGGGGAACACAAGAAUGAUGGCACCACCAUCUCACGCACAGGCUGGCCUGGUAUCCUCAUCUGCUGCACAGUAUGCCACUCCUGAACAAACUCAUACCAUGUAUGUUUCAGCUAGCUCAUUAGCACAGCAGUAUGCUCACGCAAAUGCAGCCCUGCACCAACACCAACACCCUCCUCAUCCUCAGCCUUCAGCAACUCCUACAGGCCAACAGCAAAGCCAACAUGGGGGAAGUCACCCAGCCCCAAGUCCAGUUCAGCACCAUCAACAUCAGGCGCAACAAGCUCUGCAUCUGGCUAACCAACAGCAGCAGUCUGCAAUUUACCAUGCAGGUCUUGCUCCAACGCCCCCAGCCAUGACACCUGGCUCCAAUGCACAGUCCCCACAAAGCAACUUCCCAACUCAGCAGACUGUUUUCACCAUUCACCCAUCACAUGUCCAACAAGCAUAUACCAAUUCACCUCACAUGGCCCAUGUGCAACAGGCUCAUGUACAGUCUGGAAUGGUUCCUUCACAUCCCACUGCUCAUCCCAUGAUGUUGAUGACUGCUCAACCACCCGGGGGUGCUCAAAGUGCCCUACAGCCCAUUCCAGUCUCAACCGCACACUUCUCCUAUAUGACACAUCCUCCAGUGCAAGCACACCACCAGCAGUAGCUGUGAAACUGGAGGAGAGAAUGUGAAAAGGCUGGAAACCCUACCACCACUCGCUUCUCUUCACUGGAGGCUUCUGACAUGUAGUUUCUCAUAUUUGUUAAAUUGAUUUCUUGUAACAUCAAAUAGGAAUGCUAACUGAUCAUCUUGCAGUGGGAAGUUUCGGACCGAGCAGAGGCACGUGUGAGUUCACAGGCUAUUCAGUGCCUGCAUCAGUCCUCCAAAAAGCCCUGUUUAUGCUUGCUGAUAACUGGAAGUUAUUUAUUUCUAAAGGCCCUUCUAAGUUAUGAACUCAUCAGCUAGCAAAGGAAGUAACACAAGAUUCUUGCUGCUAUCUUCACCUUCAAAAAAAAAAAAAUCAAGACUCUAAACCCCUUUUAUGUCUAACUAAACUUGAAACCAAUUCAGUAAAGAUUCUUAUCGUCAAACCGAUGGAUUAUUAUUUAUGAAUCGGGUUUGAUGGUGCAGCUGCUGUAUUAUAGCAGUGGUAUAACUUUUAAGUUAAAAAAAAAAAAUCUUUUACUUUGUAGAUAAUAUAAAAUAAAACCAAAAAAAAAUUAAAAAUUAAAAAAGUUUUAAAAACUGA